GCGGUAGUUGCAGGCAGUGAUCGCGAGGCUGCGUCAGGGAACUGCUUUCAGGAAAAGCGGCGCGUAGGGGAGCAAGGUCAGGGACAGAUAAAAUUGAAAGAUUCUAUAGAGAGGCAUACCAGAGUCCUGAAAAGUCCAAAAGAUUCCUGUUCCUUGCUGCUCAAGAUAUGGCUUCCCUUUCAGAAUAUGCCUUGCGCAUGACUCGUCUGAGUGCCCGGCUAUUUGGUGAAGUUGCCAGACCCACUGAUUCCAAAUCCAUGAAAGUAGUGAAACUGUUUAGUGAACAGCCUUUGGCCAAGAGGAAGGAGACGUAUGACUGGUAUCCAAAUCACAACACUUAUUUUGCACUCAUGGGGAUACUACGUUUUCAUGGCCUCUACAGAGAUGAGCAUCAAGAUUUUAGAGAUGAGCAAUUGCGACUAAAGAAGCUCCGUGGAAAGGGGAAACCAAGGAAAGGAGAAGGGAAAAGAGCAGCAAAAAGGAAAUAGUGUUGGUGCAUCAAGAGAGAAAAUUUCUUCUUCAGUGAGAGCAGAAGAAAGUGUAUUUAUUGUUUUUCCACAUACUGUAGGAAUGUAAUCUUCCUAAAUGGAAGGUUAUUUGGAGGAACACAAUCAUCUCCAUUCUAAAGUCCAACCCAGUUAAAUUGUGACUGGUUUCUUAAACAGAUUCUGAUUCUGCAUAAUUUUUUUGGCCUUUGUUUUUUAAUAUGAAGUUUACCUAAUUCUCUAAAGAAAUGAAUACAUAAAUUAUUGUUUAAAGACUUGUUUGGGGUAGGGAUGGGAUGUUGGAGAAGUGGAAGGGAGAAUUCAUUAAAUGGAUAUCCUGCAGUUUCCUCAUUCUCCCUUCUUGCUUCCUCUCUUAACCAGCCCUAAGCUUCUUUUAUCUCUCUGUUUUUUCAGCCACUGUCUCCAGCCACCAAACUCACAAACUUUAUAUGCCUCUCCACCUACUCCUUUGAGAGAAUCUAAUAAGAUAGAUUUGUGGGAUGAAAGUCUGUACUUGGAAAAGGAGUACUGAGAACCUGCUAUAUACAAGGCACUGUGAGGGCUCUGGAAAUACAGCAGUUAGUAGGGGAGACAGUCUCUCCUACCUUCACAGAACUUUCAAUCUCAUGGGAGAGACUAACAUACAUAAUUAAAUAAAUAUAAUUGUAUUAAAUGCUGCAAGGGAAAAGUCCAGGCUUCUAUGAAAGUGUGGGUGGAUGGAUGGAUGGAUGGAUCCAGAGAGAUAACGGGAGGCCCAAACCUCAUCAGGGAGUUGAAAGAAGGCCUCCCUAAAGAAGUGUUGCUUAAACUGAAGGAUAAGUAUGAGUAAGCCAGAGAAAAAUGGUGAAAAGAAUGUUUGAGACCCAGAGAACACCAUUUGCAAAGCCCUAAGGAAUGAAAUUGUCAUGUUCAAGGAAUUGAAAAAAAGACCACUGUGAUUAGUGUUUGGUUGGCUAUAAGGAAAUAGAGGCCAGACUAUGAAGGGCUUUGCAUGUUUCUGUAAAAAAGCUUGGAAUUUAUCCAGAGGUCAUUGUGUGUAAGAUGUGAUUUGUAUGAAAGAUUACUGUUACCUAGCUAGGUGCUAAUUUUAUUGUAUUCUAACAGUGAGUUUCCAAUGAGGUUGUAAGGGCUUCUCUGAUUUUUUUUUUUUUUUUCAACAGGAGUUGUUCUGAAAUCUAGCACUGUUCAAUAAAAAUUUUUAAGAACUUUUUAACCCCUGGUUCUACCUAUCUUGGGAAAGGAGAGCAAAGUGUAUAGGCAAGAGGAUGUAUAGCAGCUAUUCCAGCUAAGGGUUCCACCCCACCCCUUGCAACAUUAGACAUAUUGACAAAAAUUGUCCUGUGAAUAAUUCCUGAACUAGUAAGAAUCUCACUACAUAUGUUUGGAUAAAUGAUAUUUUAAAAGAUACAUAAUCCAGAUGGUAUGGCUAAGAUCUAUAUUAGCUUAUGAAAAAAACUACCUAAAAUUGGAUGAUUUGUAAGUUAAUUCCAGCAAAAGACAGAAUUCAUUCAUUUAAAAUUGUACUGAGCACCUGCUAUGUGCCUGACUUAGAUGGUUCAGAUAUAAAUAAGACUUAGUCCUUAAGAUUGUGUGAAUGAGCAUAUGUGUAUUUUAAAGUGUUGGUAAGAUUUCAGGGAUUUGCUUAGGAAAGUGCAGAUGCACUGUUAUUCUUGGCCAGUGCAGCUGAACCAGGUGUGGGUGGAUGUUUACCCCAGGACGUGAGACUGAAAAACAGACUCAGCCUAAACCCAUUGAAGCUAAGAGGAUGUUCUGAAUUAUGUGAUCUCCAGUAUUUGGAGUCAGCCUGAACAUAAAAGGAAUUUAGGAAAAUUAGUUUAUUUUAAAGAGAGUAACUGCAUUAGAUACUUACAGUAGACUGGUGCCAGAAAAUAAGCAAAGAAUCAAUGUAUGGGUUAACUAAUGGAAGAACUUGAAACCUGAACCCUUGGACCUGAGCCUGCAAGGGGCCUUAGCAGUGGCUAUAGGGAAGUUUGUAGAUGACCCAGCAAUAGAUUAGUGUUCUACUGUCCCAUUUUGAAAGUCAGAAAUUGAAGUUAAAAUUUAUUUGUACAUAUCCCAUUACCUGAAACUCAACUGUUACAGUGAAUGCUGUUUGACUCAAACAGCCUGUAGUGAACCAAAUGGAAGGUAGAGAAUAAGGAAUAGUUUUAACGCCAUGGAAGCAACACAUUUCAGGACACAAUUGACAGAGGAUUGAGACACGAACCAAUUGCAAUUAGAAAAAAUCAUAACUACAGGUUUAGACUAGUCAGAUUGUUUACUCGGCUUUCUCUUAUUUGUGCUUUCCCUAUAAUGUUCGGUGUUUUGUGUGCAUGGAGGAUUUUUGCCCUUGAUUUCAAUAUGCCAUAGUGAAAAGAGAAUGGGUUUUGAAUUCAAAAGUCUAGGGUUUGUGUCGUAGUUCUACUUAAUGAUUAUGUGACCUCUGAACCUCUUUCCUCAUCUGUAAAAUCAUGAUAAUACUUCAUUGGAUUAAUGAAAUAUUAAGAUGUUUGUGAAGAGGACUAUGUAAAUAGUAAAGGGUUAAUCAGAUA